ACUUCAUCCCUUUACUUCAUUGCCUUCUCGUGCCUCGGGAGCGGCACUAUAAAAUGUGUCCCGCAGCCAUGUCGGAAGUCUUCACGUCUUUUGAAGACUCCCUCCCAUCCCUCCCACAAUCUCUCAACUUGACCGUCCUCUAUAAUGGGCUUCAAACACACUCUUUUAUGUAUUGUUUGUUUUGCAGUGGUAGCUGUCAAUGCAACGGCUGUGAUGCAUCGUCCAGACAAUUACAAGGACUCUCCUUCCACCGCCAGCUCGAAGACGAACCCAGAAGCCCGUGAUCUGGAAGAACCUUACAAAGGAAAGGCGUCUGUCGGGUACUUUACCAACUGGGGUAUAUACAGCGCGGAUUUUCAGCCCCAAGAUAUUGUCACUGACAGUUUAAGUCACAUUCUGUAUUCUUUUGCUGAUGUGGACCCCUGGUCUGGAGCCAUAAGCCUUACUGAUUCGUGGGCCGAUGAAGAAAAACAUUACGACGGAGACAGUUGGACAGAGAGUGGCACGAAUUUGUACGGCUGUCUCAAGCAAAUGUACCUCAUCAAGCUUGCCAACCGGAAAAUCAAAGUCCUCCUUUCCAUUGGCGGCUGGACAUAUUCACAGGCCGGCCAUUUCGCCUUCGUUACUUCCGAAUCUAGCCGUGCAACAUUUGUCUCCAAUGCCGUUACUCUCAUUGAGGACUACGGCUUCGAUGGAAUUGACCUUGACUUUGAAUACCCAGCCAACGCUGCCGAAGGACAAGGUUUUGCCGACCUCUUCACAGAGCUUCGUACCGCAUUUGACAAUCUCGCCAACUCUAAAGGCGACAGCACUCCAUACCAGCUGUCCGCCGCUGUGGCUGCUGGUCCCAAUAACUAUGCCAAUCUCGUCGUACCCCAGAUGAACGCUGCUUUGACCUACUGGAAUCUCAUGUCCUACGACUACUCUGGUUCAUGGUUGGACUACACGGACAACCAAGCUAAUCUUUACGGCGGUGCGCGCACAGGUGUCAGCACCGACGCUGUUGUGCAGCAUUUCAUUUCGGCUGGUGCGGAUGCUUGCAAGAUCAACAUGGGAAUUCCUCUCUAUGGACGUGCCUUUGAGAAUACCGACGGUCUAGGAGCAUCUUUCAAUGGUGUAUGCUUCCGAGCCUACUUUCUGACUUUCAUUGGUUUUGACGUCUAUUUUCAGGUUGGUCCUGGAACCAUCGAAGCUGGAGUGUACUCGUAUAAUGUUCUUCCUCUUGCCAGUGCCCAAGUCUUCGAAAACACAGAUGAUGUCAGCAGUUACUCGUACGACUGGUCUUUCCGAGAGCUCGUUUCAUACGAUACUCCCAACAUAGUCACCCUCAAGGCACAGUACAUCAACGACUGUGGUCUCGCUGGCUCCAUGUUCUGGGAGCUUUCAACCGAUAAAAUUGGCUCCGAAUCCCUUGUCGGAACCGCUGCUGGUGUCCUCGGAACUCUUGACAAGACCAAGAACCACAUAAACUAUCCUAAUAGCAAGUGGGAUAAUAUUAGAAAUAAUAUGGGCCAGUGGUAGACUAUGGCACUUAUAUUAUUUUAUACCGAGCAAGCGAGAUACCAUACUUUACUUUUCCAUUAGUGACGCACGGUGUUGAGAAAACAAAUAUCGUUCAUUGAUGGAUACAUUAACUAACAGCUCGUCCGAUUGCAUCUGCUACGUCUAACCGUCUAUCCAUGCUGCUAGUUUUCGAAUGUAAUUCUUUGGCUCGAGGGUGGCAUACGCAUCUUGUAA